GUAUAUGCAUGCAUAGGUAUUAAGUACGUACGGUGGCUGCGCCCACCGCGUUAUAAUCCCGGUAACGGGUUAAAUAAACCAGUUCGCUAACAGCUACGUUGUGUGUCACUUGUGCGCCUUCCCGUCCCAAUAUCUAUCAGUGGCGACGAUUCGAUAAUUACCUCACGUGUUAAUCGCCGUGUACCUAUCAUGGCAACUUCAAACUCGGUCGGCUUAUUUUCAAGUUUUAACCAUCAACAACAAGAGUGGCUUACGUAUAAAAAUAGGCUUGAACAGUGGUUCAUCGCGAACAACAUCGACGAGGCAAGCGACAAAGCGGGUGUAAGAAGGCGCGCCAUCUUGCUAAGUGCACUUAACGAAAGCACCUAUCAAUUAGCAAGUAACCUUGCACUGCCCGGUGUUCUUGAAAACAAGAGUUACAGUGAAGUGGUAAAGUUAUUGGAUGCACAUUUUACUCCAAAGCGCUGCGUUUUUGCGGAGCGGUAUCACUUCCAUUCUGCAAUGCAGAAGGUAGGCGAAACUUCGGCGCAGUGGGCCGCGCGACUGCGCGGGCUUGCCGCGCAUUGCCAGUUUAAGAACAUCGAGGAGGCGCUUUUAGACAGAUUUAUCAUGGGCAUGCAGUCUGGUAAAGAGCGCGAAAAAUUGUUUUCGAAGGAGCUUAGCGAACUCACCCUAGCGAAAGCAAUAGAAAUAGCUGAAAGCGUGCGGUGCGCUCGCGCCGCAGCCAGCGCGACCUUGGCUUCCACCGCGACGGCGGUGGUGCCCGGCGCUGAGAGCGUGUUGAAGAUCGGCGAGACUACAGGGGGUCGCGGGAAUAAGUGUUCUGUGUGCGGUCUAAGUAGUCAUAAAACGGAGAACUGUCGUUACGUAAAUUACAAGUGCAAAAAGUGUAAAAAGAAGGGUCACUUACGUAAGAUGUGUAACCUUAAGUACGUUGAGUCAGAGGAGGUGAGCGAGGAUGAUGAUGUGCUCGCAGAUUAAACAUUACCGUGGAGUAAACAGAUGUCCUUUCAUAACGGACGAGUUAGUUUUAUAUAAAAACUUUACAAAUAAAAAUCAUUUCACUUGGACCCUGGGAACUAUAAUAAAAAACUUAGGUCGUGUGCUUUAUCUUAUAAAGGACAACAAAACAAACAAAACAGUGAAAAGACAUAUUAACCAAGUUGUUAAAUAUAAGGGCCAAGUCACACCGACAGCCGUGAGUCAUCCUGAGCCAAACAAAACACUGGAAGCCUCCAGCGAGUCAUCAUCUCCUGACGCACCUCCCGUUUUUGA